CAGAAUUAAUCGCCAUACAGUCUAUUUGCUUCAGUCAUGAUGCUCAGUGCAAUAUUACAAAAACCUGAUUAUUGUUCUCAGCUCAUUAUGGGGGAGAACACCAAGUACCAUCCAGCAUGUGUUACCAACGGUCACAGUAAAUGCGAGGAUUACGAAGAAAACAAUGGCUAUCUACCGUACCCCAAGGGUUUUGCAACCGCCGCCAUCCACGUCUCUCAAGAGCCCGAACAAUGGAACAGCCUAAACGUUGUGCCGCCGAUUGUCAUGUCGACUACCUUCAAACAGCUUAGUCCAGCGCAACCACUCAAAUACGAAUACGGCAGGUCCGGAAACCCAACCAGAAAUAUUUUAGAAGACAUUUUGGCAGCUUUAGAAAAUGGGAAAUACGGUAUUUGCUACUCGUCUGGAUUAGGUGCUAUAACGGCGGUCGUUAGCGCGCUAGAAAUUGGAGAUCACAUCAUCUGCGGGGACGAUGUUUACGGUGGGACCAAUCGACUUCUCACCAACGUGUCAAAAUCGUUUGGUAUCACAACAACGUUUGCCGAUUUAACAGAUCUGGAGAAAGUGAAAAAGGCCAUUCAACCAAACACUAAGUUAAUAUGGCUAGAAACACCUACGAAUCCGAUUUUAAAAAUCAUAGACAUUAAGGCAGUGGCGACGGUGGCCAAGAAACAUAAAUUAUUAUUAGCAGUCGACAAUACAUUCCUAACUCCGUAUUUACAAAGGCCAUUAGAAUUAGGAGCCGACAUAGUUGCCCAUUCCUUAACAAAGUACAUGAACGGACAUUCCGAUGUUGUGAUGGGAGCGGUCAUAGUAAGAGACGAAGCGCUGCACAACAAAAUGCGCUACCUUCAAAAUGCCUUAGGUAUUGUUCCAUCGCCUUUCGAUUGCUACCAAGUAAGCAGAAGUUUGAAGACGUUGGCAAUUCGGAUGAGACAACACAGCGCUAGUGCACUAACCUUAGCGAAAUUCCUAGAAACUCAUCCAAAAGUCAGCAAAGUUCUUCACCCAGGGUUACCCAGUCAUCCUCAGCACGCACUCUUCAAAAGGCAAACGUCCGGACACAGUGGCAUGAUUAGCUUUUACAUUCAAGGAGGAUUGGAAGAAUCGAAAAAGUUCCUAAACAAUUUAAAAAUAUUCACCUUAGCCGAAAGUCUGGGCGGUUACGAAAGUUUGGCGGAAUUACCUUCCGUAAUGACGCACGCAUCGGUACCCGAAGAGCAAAGGAAGAUUUUACAAAUCAAUGAUAGUCUAAUUAGGCUAUCGGUGGGGCUCGAAGAGGUUGAAGAUUUAAUUAAUGAUGUGAAUCAAGCUUUAGCAGGUGUAUAAAUGCCAGACCGACUAAUUUAUUGAAAUUAUUUUAUGGAAUCUCUAUUCUAUAAGCACCCUAGUAUUUUAUAAUUGUGAAAGUUAUUUAGUAGAUACCAAUUUUUUUUUCACUACAGUUUAUUUAUGUUAUUAGUGAUUUAGUGAAAUUAGUGAGGCUACUUCCCUUGAUAAAUUAUGUGACUAUAGUAUGAAAGCCAAUUUAUAUUUAAUAAUUUAACUAAGAUUAUUUUCAAUAAACUAUUAAAUAAG